AUGUUUCCUCACCAGGGCGGCCAAGGACAUAUGCCCACUCACUGGCAGCCUCCCACCUCUCAGCAGCCCGCCAACGGCGCAUAUGCUCACCCGCAGCAGCCAUCUCAUAUCAAUAGCUCUCUCCCACCACCUCCUCCCCAAGAGCCUCGACACGAUAUGGCCGCUCAUCAGCAUCCCCAACAGCCCUACCGCCUCCCAGGUCCCCACGAAUGGACUCGAGCGCCUCCUCCACCAGGUCCAUAUGCAGGCCACCCGUCCCAGCCUCCUCCACCUCCUCCUCAAUACAUGAACCACGGUCACCAGCCGCCUGCUCCUCGACAGAGAACUGCCAUCGCCUGCCGCUACUGCAGGAGACGCAAGAUUCGAUGCUCAGGUUUCGAAAACACGGAUGAUGGCCGCUGCUCCAAUUGCAUGAGGUUCAACCAGGACUGUAUCUUCACUCCUGUCUCGGCACAGACUCAGGCAUUCGUUCCUGCACACACCGUCUGGCGUGGCGUUGGUGCUCCUCCACCAAUGUACGGUGCAUACGGGCAACCUCUCCAACCCGCUCCCCAUGGAGGAGAUCCGUAUGCACAACAGCAGCAGCAGCAGCCGCCUCCGCCACGCGGACAACAGUACUUGCCCAGCCCAACAGGGGCGUCAGGUCCGUACCCAGCUCAUUCUACUUAUCCUCCUCCACCUGGCACUUCUUACGAUGAGGGAAGCCGUGAUGCCAUGAGCAGGAAGAGGCCCUACGCGGAGCCUCAUACCCCAACACUGCCGCCUCCCAAUCCUGCCACCGCAUCACAGCUACCUCAUCGAAGCGCCGGUCCAGAGUAUACUUAUCCAGACCCAACGUCUCUAACAUCCGCUGCGUCUCCAGCGCCUUCAAGCUCCUCUUAUCAAUCCGGUCCUCCACCCCCUCCACCCGCAAACGACCCUUACUAUACCACACAACCCCGCCGAGGAUCUCCACAGAGCAACUACUCGGCCUCUUCUCCACACGGCCAGGCCCCUCCUGCAUCCGCAACUUCUCCCUACUACCCUCCCCAAGCCCCGAAUGGUCUCCAACCUAUGCCUCCUCGUAGCGAGGGAAGAACUCCACCUCCUCCCAAUUCUCAGACGCCCAGCAAUCGACCGGGAAUGCGCAUCAAUGACCUCGUGAGCGACAACGGCGGUGGCCGUAGUUCUACCGAUUCCGACAUGCUCAACAUGCUCAAUCGCCGACCCAUGUAA